CACGCCUGGCUGCCUCGUGGAAGGAAAGCUUUUUUACCGGGAAGACGUCUUGAGGAUGGUGCAACCCAAUCGAUUGCCAACCAUUGGCACCGUCGAUCAUGCCCCGGGCUCGCCAAUCAGCUGGCGGCAAGGUAUAUGAUCACAGCAAUGGAAAGCUAAUUAGCACACUCAGUUUGAGAAAUAUUCAACGAGUAGAGUCCGAGGAGCUGGACCCAUGGUUGAAGAUCAUGCCUGAGACCUCAUGCAUGUCAGUCGUUGGGCUUGCGCGAGAUUUUAGGACAGAUGGACUUAAAACCUGCCUGACCGUGGACCCCUCACCGGAACACCUGCAGUGCUUAUUGCAGGCGUGACCAGGACACUACCUCCUAGAAGUAAUGCCCACAGAAAGCGGAAGCUGUUCAACUGCUCGCCAAGCAAAACAAAAGCGCAAAUCUCAUAGCCUUUCCAUACGAAGAACUAACAGCUCAGAACAAGAGAGGACUGGACUACCAAGAGAGAUGUUAGAAGGACAGGAUUCCAAACUGCCUUCCUCAGUUCGCAGCACAUUGUUGGAACUGUUUGGUCAGAUAGAAAGAGAAUUUGAAAACCUUUACAUCGAAAACUUAGAAUUGCGCAGAGAAAUUGAUACUCUUAAUGAACGCUUAGCUGGUGAAGGACAAGCCAUUGAUGGGGCAGAAUUGAGUAAGGGCCAGCUCAAAACAAAAGCCAGUCACAGUACCAGUCAGCUUUCUCAGAAGCUAAAGACCACCUACAAAGCUUCCACCAGCAAGAUUGUCUCCAGCUUUAAGACUACCACAUCAAGGGCCAUCUGCCAGCUUGUGAAGGAGUAUAUUGGCCACAGGGAUGGCAUCUGGGAUGUCAGUGUUGCAAGGACACAGCCUGUGGUUCUUGGGACAGCGUCUGCUGAUCACACGGCCUUGCUGUGGAGCAUAGAGACGGGCAGAUGUCUUGUCAAAUAUGCCGGUCAUAUGGGCUCAGUAAAUUCUAUAAAAUUUCAUCCCUCAGAGCAGUUGGCUCUUACUGCUUCUGGAGAUCAGACUGCUCAUAUUUGGAGAUACGUGGUACAGCUUCCAACACCUCAGCCUGUUGCUGACACUAGCCAGCAAAUUUCUGGUGAAGAUGAAAUAGAGUGUUCUGAUAAAGAUGAGCCUGACAUUGAUGGAGAUGUGUCCAGUGACUGCCCUACUGUCCGUGUUCCGUUGACGUCUCUCAAAAGCCAUCAGGGUGUGGUUAUUGCUGCUGACUGGCUGGUUGGUGGGAAGCAAGUGGUGACAGCCUCAUGGGACAGAACUGCCAACCUGUAUGAUGUGGAGACAUCUGAACUUGUUCAUUCUCUCACAGGGCAUGACCAGGAGUUAACACACUGUUGCACUCACCCCACCCAGCGGCUCGUGGUGACCUCUUCCCGUGACACAACUUUCCGUCUUUGGGAUUUCAGGGACCCUUCCAUCCACUCCGUGAAUGUUUUCCAAGGACACACGGAUACUGUGACCUCUGCUGUGUUCACUGUGGGAGACAACGUUGUUUCAGGCAGCGAUGACCGCACAGUAAAAGUCUGGGAUUUAAAAAAUAUGAGAUCUCCAAUUGCGACAAUUCGUACAGACUCUGCCAUUAAUAGGAUCAAUGUAUGUGUUGGCCAAAAAAUCAUAGCCCUCCCCCACGACAACCGGCAGGUGCGAUUGUUCGAUAUGUCGGGAGUGCGACUGGCACGGCUCCCCCGGAGCAGCCGGCAGGGUCACAGACGAAUGGUGUGCUGCUCAGCGUGGAGUGAAGACCACCCCAUGUGCAAUCUGUUCACGUGUGGCUUCGAUAGGCAAGCUAUUGGUUGGAACAUCAAUAUUCCUGCAUUGUUACAAGAAAAAUAAGUCACUGGUGUUCCUUAGUUUGAAGUUUGCCAUGGACCUUUGAUUCAUGCAGGCUCUUCUGCAUAUUGAUCAGCCAUUAUAGUGAGAAUUUGGCCCUGGGAAGGGUGCCUUGUAUAUGUUCUUUUUACAUUGUGCCCAGCUUGCAUGAAACGUACAGAGAGAUGUGUGAUUCUGUUUUUUGUUUUUGUCCUGUGUAUAUUGGCAUCCUCUGGUCAGUAGAAGUGAAGCUCACCUCCCAUGUAGCAUACAAAAUGCUCUGAGUUGUUGACAUUGACAAAUGAGCAGUAGGGCAUUACAUUACAUUAUAUGAAUUAAAUGUGAACUGUGUACCUGUCGUGAGGCAUAAACAGUCUGUUCCAUUGUCUGGAGUAACUAUCCAUACCUACCGUGUCCUGGGAAGACUGCAGAGUUUAUUUGCGUUGGCUAUCGAGAGGCAGACUGACUGAUAAAGAUUUCACGUUUGGUUUGUGUGAAGUUAUAGCAUGUGCUCUUGUGUAAUUCAUUUCAACUCUUAACUUCUGCUCCAGUUCUGUAAAUGUAACCUGGAUUUACAACAUUUGUGCAGAGUUUCUUUUGAGAAAAAAACAUUUCUCUUCUUUUAUUAUACAAAAUGAUUUCAGUCUCCCAAGGUCUCAUACAAGCAAAAUUUAAAAUAUGAUUCUCAUCACUGAUUUUAGACAUUAAAAAAAAUUCAAAGCACUUUAAUUUAUAGCUGUGGUUCUAAACAGGUUUCAGAAGUUUCAAAUGACUUAUCCAUUGAAUGUGACUUGACCUUUAUACAAAGGCCUGCUACCUGAAGACAGAAUCUUAUUUAUUUUCUACACCUUGAAUUUGCAUAUUUCUAAAUGAGUUCACUUCUUUGGUGGUAUUUGAGAGCCAAGGAUGCAAAUAAAUGAGCACUACCUCAAAAUAAAUAUUGGGAAAACUUUGGAGUCUCACUGUUGUCUAGAUAAGCGCUUGGAUUUAAAGCUGGAAUACUGGAUUCAAGGUAGAAGGCAAGAAAGACAAUCAUACCAAACAUGUCCUGAAGGUGAAAGGCUCUCUAGACAGGCUGGAGAAGUGAUGGCCAUGGUGGGUAGUUCAUAGGCAACAAGAAGCAUUUGUCUAGAACAGCUUGGAUACCUCUCAGUGCCAGUCCUACUACUGCACAAGUGAGCCUUUUGUUCUUGCCUUCUAGAAACCACUGUUCAUCUGAUAUUUGAAAGUUUGUGUUUCUUACAGAGUUACAGUUUUGAUAAAGAGACAUCUCAGUUACUGCCCCUCGCAUUUUAAUCCUUUUCAUACAGCCCUUUGGAGACUGACCUCUUGGGGAGAAGAGGAAACGUAGUAUGCUGUUACAGUUACCCUCCCUCUCCUACCUCCUUCAGGGCCCUGUUUUUUCUUUGGGUGGCACAGGAGGGCACCUGAACUAGUAAGUGGUAGGAAGUUUGGUGUAAGAUGUAUGUGUUGUGCAUAGAGCAUUUGGGUGUCCUGUGGUGGUACUUUCUAGGAGUGAGAACUUGGUUAUUGGCACCUUUGACUUGGGCACCAAAGGAGCUGAUAUUAGGAACUUCACAUCUGACUCAUUUAGAAUGAUUCUUUGAGGAAUUUUGUUUUUUCAACUAAAAAAAAUUGUAUUUUUAGUCUGACCCUUCUAAUCACAAGUCUCACCAUGGUGUAUUUGUGAACCGAGUCAGACUGGUCACUGUAAUUGAUUAUUGUACUUUUUAAGGACCUAGCUCUGACUGUUUUGAAUGUAUUUUGCUUGAUGGUGGAGGAUGCUGAUCCCAGUGGUCUGCUUUACUUACAGCCACCAGAAUUUCUCUCUCCUCCAUCCCAGUAUACUUACAUACUCACAGAGUUGCUCAUGAUGAUGACAAACUGUGUUCUUAUGUUCCUUGUAUCUUAAUCUGAAAGUAAACAUAAGAACCAGAUCUCUACCAGACACAGUUUUGGAACUUAAAAAAAAAUUAUAUUCGUGACCAUUUAGUUCUAUGCAGACUAUGACCUUCACUGCCAAUAGCUGCUUAUUUUCUUUGGCUAACUGGAGGGACCAGCCUCUGACACAGAAGUGAGGCUCUUCACUCAUUUCCAGAAGACCCUAAUGGUGCUCAACCAGAGUGCUCAGGAGCAGGAUGUGACUUACUGUUAACCGCUGUGUCAUCUGUUCCCAUCCCUUCGCUGCUGUGGUCAGUGUUAUUUUCAAGGUUUUAUGACUGUCACAGGCUUGUGCUCAUGAGUGUGUGCAGGCUGUGUGCAUGUGGCUAAGGGUAGGUCAUGCUGUCAGCCACAUGUGAUCUCAAUAGAAAUAGUGUUUGGAGAUAGGAACACUAUCGUGUGCUCGAGUGUCCAGAAUUUCAUUUAAUAACGGAGGGGAAAUGCGUGGUUAUUAAAUGUGCAUUGAUACAAAAUUUCCCAAGAGAUUUCUUGUUGGACAGAAUUAACACUCUUGUUCCCCCCUUAUUGCUGCGUACCAGUUUCUGUAGAGUCAGAAAAGCUCUGUACAUAUUUGGGAACCUGAAGACUAUGUAAAUCAUUUGUUACUUAAAUCUGUGAAAAAAAGUUUUGCUUUUUUUUUUUUGAGGGAAAAGUGCAUUUAUAAAUGUUCUGUGGAAUCAGUUAUCUUUCCUGUAUUGAUGUAAUUGUUUUUAAAUGUUCAGUGUCUUCAUUGAAAUAUGAAGUUCAUUAAAAUAUUUGUGUUCUGUAA